GCGGGAAGGGAAGGCCAGGCCACGGCCAGAGCUGGCAGAGGGCCCGUGGCUGGUGCUGCCCAUUGGCUGCCUCGGGCUCCCGCCCCGCCUGCCUCCCAGCCUGCAGCUCCCCGGGCCCGCCACCGCCUCUCCUGCUGCUUCCAAACUCCCGGAGCAAGCACCUCCUGCCGGGCUUGUCCAGCUGCGACCGGAUCGGAUAGGAGUGGCCCCUGCCAUGGACAUGCCCGAGGUCCUCAAGUCUCUGCUGGAGCACUCUCUGCCUUGGCCUGAGAAGAGGACAGAUAAGGAAAAGGGGAAGGAAAAGCUGGAGGAGGACGAGGCGGCGGCCAGCACCAUGGCCGUCUCUGCCUCCCUCAUGCCACCCAUCUGGGACAAGACCAUCCCAUACGACGGCGAGUCUUUCCACCUGGAGUACAUGGACCUGGACGAGUUCCUGCUGGAGAACGGCAUCCCCGCCAGCCCCACCCACCUGGCCCAGAACCUGCUGCUGCCGGUGGCCGAGCUGGAAGGGAAGGAGUCAGCCAGUUCCUCCACGGCGUCCCCACCGUCCUCCUCCACCGCUGCCUUUCAGCCCCCCGAAACCGUGUCCAGCACAGAAUCCUCCCUGGAAAAGGACAGGGAGACGCCCAGUCCCAUCGACCCCAACUGUGUGGAGGUGGAUGUGAACUUCAACCCGGACCCUGCCGACCUGGUCCUCUCCAGCGUGCCAGGUGGGGAGCUCUUCAACCCUCGGAAGCACAAGUUUGCGGAGGAGGACCUGAAGCCCCAGCCCAUGAUCAAAAAAGCCAAGAAGGUCUUCGUCCCCGAUGAGCAGAAGGAUGAGAAGUACUGGACCAGGCGCAAGAAGAACAAUGUGGCGGCCAAGCGGUCACGGGAUGCCCGGCGCCUGAAGGAGAACCAGAUCACCAUCCGGGCAGCCUUCCUGGAGAAGGAGAACACAGCCCUGCGGACGGAGGUGGCUGAGCUACGCAAGGAGGUGGGCAAGUGCAAGACCAUCGUCUCCAAGUAUGAGACCAAGUACGGGCCCUUGUAACCCGUGCCCCCUGCCUAGGCGGGGCGCUGCCUGCACCUCAGGCCUCUGCCUGGGGGCUCCCGGAAACCCGUACACGCUGGAGACUAAUAACUGCCAGCAGUCCAUGGCAGCUCGCCUGCCCCAGGAGCAUUCACGUCGAAGCUUCUCAUGAUGUGGCCAGAGCUCGUGGGACCUCCCUGGGGGCAGCCUCCUCAUGGCGGAGAAUGUGGGAGCAUCUCCGUAGAUGGUGAGCCGGCCCGAGUUUCUCUUCCUGGACGUCCCUGUUGACUUGGAAGGUGACCUCCGGGGCGCUCAGGCUUUCCUCGGUCCUCCUCCCCACCAGCGGGCGCUGCCAAGGGCCGUCUCUGCAGAAUCAGUCCUGACGCCGUUGCUCGCACGUCUUCUCGGGUGGCAGGUGCACUUCCGGAUGAGGUGUGCCUGUCACUCACCUGGCCCUCCCCAGAAAGCCUUUGAGAGGCACACCCAGCCCAUCUUCUUGGAGGGGAAAGACUCAUCAGCUCCUUGGUCAGUGUCUCCAAGGGGGGCAGGCCUCAGGAGUGGGGUCUCUGCACAACCCGGCAUGGGGCUGGGGCAUGGGGCCUGUGGCAGAAACGCACCCAGCCGUUGUUUUUGUGGCUUUGAGAUCUGACCUCUGGAAGCCAGAGCAAGCACUGAUGAGGGCCUCUCUCUGCAUGUCACCUGCCAUGGAGAAGACUCCAGGCCACUGUCUGAGCUCCGGUGACCCAUGCAGAGGGAGGUCUGUUUGUUUCCUCUCUCUGGGUCCCUCAGCAAGGCCCCUGGAAUCUUGUUUUCCCUCUAAGCUGGGCCUCUGGGCCUGCUGUUUCUUUUCACCCAGUAACUGUCUGACCCCGGACAGUAAAGGAAAACUCCCCUCAUCUAGGAAGCUUUAACUUCCUGGACCCCAGGAUGCAGCUUCUGCAUGGUGUUUUAGAAAAUGCCUCCACGGUCCCCCUCCCACUGUGAGCACAAGAGCUGGGCACAUUUUCUUAAGAAGUGCCCGUUUUCUCUUUGCUCUGCUCACUGAUGUGGCCAGGCCAGGAUCCGUCCUCCUUGCAGGUAGAUGAGGCAUCCCAGUCUUGCCUCAGGGCCUCUCUUCCUGCCCAGCCAGGCAGCUGGGUCGGGAGGUUGUGGUUGCCGCGCAGCUCUUAUGGGAUAGAAGGCUCUUGGGACAUUCACACGGACCAUUGACAUUUGUCCCCACACAAGUUUGGCUGUGGUGCAGAGGGAUCCUUGCAGCUGUGUCUUCCUCUGUGUCGUGGCCGCUGCUUUCUCUUGUGUCUGGCCGGACUUGUCCUUUUCCGGAAGAUUCUUGGAGGAAAUUCAUGGAGCCUUCUGCCCUUUUUAGUCAGUGGGGCACCCUCCUGAUGGGUGUGUGUGUGUUGGGUCAGGGCAAGCAGCCUGUGGUAAUGAGGAGUCGCAGGCCACGGGUGUGCUCUGUCAUCCUCACCACUGGCUUUAUUGACAGUGGUGGCUCAGAGGCCUGGACCCGACCUCUAAAGACUUCAUAAACACAGAUGUUAAGGCCAGGGAAAGCCAUCUGCAGGCCAAGGGCAGCACCCCAGGGGCCUGCCUCUCUGGGAGACUUGAGCAGUGUCUCCAAAGCCAAGGGAGGCCUCCCCCCACCCCUUCCUGGGCCCUUUCACUUUGUGGCUCGUUAAAACCACGUACACACUUCCCACUCUAUUGUAACUGCACACAGGGCGGUUGCACCCGGCAUGUCAGUGUCCUGCCCGGGCAGCUUGCCCGCCUGGGCACUCUCCCUCUGGUCUGGCAGCUCGUCAAGAGGGCAGCUCUCAUUUUGUUAUUGGUGGAAGAGCCUCAUGCUUCAAAGCUCUUCGUUUUCUUUGGCCAGAAAGUGUAUGGUUUGUGCUCUUCAGUUUUAAUUUUUAGAAGGAUGGACGCUUAAUCCCUGGAGGGCGCCCAUGUUCCGACCCCAUGGAUGGGAUGACGGCCUGACGUCUCCUUUGUCCCACCUUUGGCCGGUUUGGUGCCCCCCUCCCCUUUUCUGCCCAAGCAGCAGAUGUCUCAUUCCUUCUGAGUGCUUUCUUUAGAAAGCGUGUGGCUGCUGAAUUAUUUUAGAAGAGCCCCCUUGAGUCAGGAGCCUGGCAGGGACAAGACAGAGGUGGCCUUGGAGGUUGACAUUUUGGAGGAAAAGGAGUGCUCGGGUCAGCUUGUCUCCUUCCCUGGCCCAAGAACCAAGACCUUAGGGGAGGGUGGUGCCGGCUCAGUUUCCACCCCAGGAGUGGAGGGAGCCUUGAUGCCCUCCCGGACCCUCCCCAUCUUGGGGUCCACAGGGACCAAGGCUCCUGGGCUCAGAUUUUUGACAUCUUCUAAAAAGCACCGGCGGCCAGAGAUGCCGACUGAACGGCUUUCCACGGGUCCCAGAUGGGCGAGGAACUGCGUCUGCCGCCUCCAUGGCCUGCCGUCAGCUCCGUGGCAGCCUCAUGGCAGCCUCAGAACAGACAGGUCAUGAGUGAGCUAGAUGGGGUGAGCAUAUGCAUAAAAUGAAUGUAUAGCCAGGUGUACAGUUAUGUAUCUGAAUAAAAUACCCUUAUUUGGAGAGAGCGUGCUUUCCAGACAGAUGGCAACCUUGUGGAGGCCCCGGGUGACUUAACCUGGGCUGAAGGAAGGGGUUUGCCUGUCUGGGUCCUGAGGUUGGGGGAGGCACUUGGCAGUGAACCUGGACUCUGGGUGAGCACCACCCUGCUGGGACAGGGCGCUGUGACCCUGGGCGGGCAGCUCCUGUGGUCCACGGGCCCAAGGCCGGGUGGCAGGAGUGGGCAGCAGCGGGGAAGGCCCCUUCAUGCUGGCCGGUCUCCCCCCCAGGCCCUGGGAGCCCUGCUCUGGGUCACACAGAGGGCCCAGGAGGCCCUGGUUGCAUUGCAAAGCCCUGCCCCAGAGCACCUUUAACAUCUGUUAAUUUAGUGCAAUAAAUUUUUCUAGAAAAUGGCAAAGAUGACUUCCAGGUGGAAAUUGCUGUCUUACGGAGUUGGGGGUGUGAGAACACCACUUGGUUUUAUUUUUCUAAGCGCAUGAGAUGUGUUGGAGUGUGUGGGGCCCUGUGUCUGCCCGGGGAGUCGGCCUUGCAGCCGGCGCCCUCUCCUUUACCUUAGCUGGGCCGAGGAGGCGAGGCGGAAACGUCUCCCUCCCUUCUGGAGCCCUCGGCCUGCUGUGCAUGUGUGCUGUGCUUGUGAGUGUGUCGCUGGUGGGCUGGAGUGAUGUGGUGGGGAGGGAAGAUGAGAAUGUAUCCUUUUCAAAGCAAAAUUAAAUAUUUUGAGAUGAGA